AUGUUGGCCAAGGCCCUCAUGGCUGAACUCCAAGCCAUGACAGCGGACCUGCGGGGCGCGUCCCUGGUCAGGUUGCAGGACACCUACCGCCUCAACAUGACCUCGCUCUCCUCAGGCACCCUCGCGCCCGUGACCCCCGUGGCGGCUAUGCAUCUUGGAGACCUCCAGAGUUCGAAGCCUCUGAAUGCCCGCGACUGCCUGUUCCUGGGCAAGCACGCCUUCAACAAGGGUUACUACGACAAGGCCAUCGAGUGGUUCGAGGCGGCCCUGGAGAGGUCCGGCAGCGAGGAGGUCCUGACGGCGCCCAAGGAUGAGAUCGAGCCGUUCCUGCAGGCGGCCAUUAAGGUGCACGACGACGUCCUGGAGAAGCGAGGGCCGCGGGGCACAGACUGGCAGACGAAGGCCCUGCCCGUCGACAAGACCCUCGCCAGCAAACCCAAGUUACCUCGACGCAACGCAGGUCUUCGUCCCCAAAUUGCCCUACCAGCAGACAGAGCACGAGGAGGAGAGGAACACUACAACAGCGUGUCUACGCGAGAGAGCUUAGGAAAAGGUUACGCACCGCCUGUCGAGAGGACGCAGAGAUUCUGUACUGGUGAUAAAGAUACUCAUCACCAUGAGCUAACUAAAAAACACAUCGAAGAUCUUCUACUGGAAUAUCCUACUACCUAUGUAAAAUUGCUCCGUUGGCACACUGAAAUACACUCCCCUUGGCUAGACCACCACACGGGCAGACCAAUAGAAAUAUACCCAGGCACGACUCCCGAGAUGGAAUCGAGGCUUACCUGCCGUCACGUGACCGCCGGGGCCUCCUACCUGACGCUGAUGCCUCUACGCCUCGAGGAGAUGUCACUCGACCCCUACAUCGUCGUGUUUCGUGACUUCCUUACCGAGGCCCAGACAGAAGCCAUCAAGGGUAUUGCCAAGCCGAGGCUGACAACGUCCAGACACAGAGGGCCUGGAGGUAACUUCAUAAGCAGUAUGGUACGAACUUCUAGCACAGCUUGGCUGCGGGAGAGUGUGGACGACCGCAAGAAACUCCUGGUGAAUAUGACGAGGAAGAUAGAGUUCGCAACGGGUCUUCACGCCUUGGAGUCUUCGGCAGGAGAGGACUACCAGGUCGCGAACUACGGCAUCGGGGGCCUCUACGUGACCCACACAGACUACCUCAUGAUCAACCCCGACCCCCGGGCUUACACGCCCUGGGAACACUUCAUGGGCGACCGCUUUGCAACCUUCAUGGUCUACCUCUCGGACGUGGAGGCGGGCGGCGCGACGGUGUUCCCUCGGGCGGGCGUCACCAUCUGGCCGAAGCGAGGAUCAGCGGCCUUCUGGUGGAACCUUUACCGCUCGGGCGCCGGCGACGAGAACACGCGCCACGGGGCCUGUCCGGUUCUGCACGGCUCGAAGUGGAUCAGCAACAAGUGGAUCCACUAUAACGACCAGUUCAAGCAAUAUAAGUGUGGCGUCAACACGUGGGACAAGCAAAUGGUACCUUGAUGGGACAACAACAUCAUGAAAGUACCAAUUGGAACCUCGCUCGUUUGACAAAUGACGAACGAGUGACAAGGAGCAAAGGAUGUGAAAAUAUAAAGAAUAUAAGACUAUAAAGAAUGUAUGAAAAAGGGGGAUGGGCGUGGAAAUGUUGAUGUAUAUAAUAGUUUAUGUUUAUGUGCUUUUAUAAUUGUUUAUAUAAGCGGUUUGGGAUGAUCGCUGUGCUUCUGGGCAAAUGGUGUAGCUCACAAUUGUGUAUCUUGUUUUUUUCGUAUUUCUGAUGUUUGUCGUCAGAAUUUCUUUCUUUAUAUAAGUAAAGAGGAGUAUAUAAGGGGAAAACCAUGACGAUAAAUCGAGUCGAAGAUUAUUCAUGUUUGAUAGUAGCAAGAGUAAGUUCCCUAAGUAUACAAAAUUGUUGAUUGUCCUGAUGUUUUCCUUUGAUGAAGCUUGCAUUUCUAGUAUCUAGAAGUGUUUAGAUUGAGCACUUGAGCACGCGCACGCACACACACACACACACACACACACACACAC